AUGGACAGCACCAGAAUCUGUGUGGAGCGUAUACCCAGUUCAGAAAAGUCGAAGCUCCCUCCCCGCAAUCUGGUGCCGCCCACUUUAGGAUCCGGUCCAGCAGAGCUUGCGAUGCCCAAGAAUGCUUACUGGCGACCAGGAACAAAGCUCCUCGUUAGGUUCCUUUCUGGGAGCGAGUUCGUGAAAAACAAGGUUAAAUAUUAUGCUCAGACAUGGGAGAACUACGCCAAUAUCGACUUCGUAUUCAAUAACUCACCGAAGGCACAGAUCAGGGUCAGUUUUGUAAGAGGUGGAGGCUCAUGGUCCUAUCUCGGAACUCAUAAUUUGGAGAUUUCUGAUGACCAGGCAACAAUGAACUUUGGAUGGUUUGACGAUAACACCCCCGAUGAAGAAUUCAGCAGGACAACCAUCCAUGAGUUUGGCCACGCUCUAGGAUGCAUUCACGAGCAUAUGAGCCCUUCGGCAUCUAUCCCGUGGGACAAAGACAAGGUUUACCAAUAUUAUAUGGGACCCCCAAAUGUCUGGUCCAAGGAAGAAGUUGACCGAAAUCUUUUCCAUCAAUAUGCGCCUUCAGAAACUUUUUACACUAGAUUCGAUCCACGUUCCAUAAUGCUUUAUCGAAUCUCGAACGACCUAACGAUCGGGGACUACGAAACGCCUAACAACACUGUACUGUCAGCCACAGAUAAAAUGUUCAUUCACUCAUUAUAUCCGGAGCAGGCGCGUAGCCAGGCUCGAUUUACCACCCAAGACUUCCGUCCUCCGUCAAGAUCAAACCUGUUAAACGCACUGCAGGUCAAUUUCGAUCCUGAGUACAAGGAAGCUCCAAGCAUUGCUGUUGGUUUGACGGAGCUGAAUCUAAGCAAAGACUUCAACGUCAGAAUAAAAGCAUACGCGGAUCGCAUCACAGAAAGUGGAUUCGUUAUCCACGCUGAUUCAUGGGCCGAUACUAUUCUUUUCUCCGCUGGAGCUGCCUGGUUCGAAGUUUCCAGCACCGACACCGAGUUCCAGACUGGUAACUUUGAUACUCUUGAGCUUCACCCGUGGAACGAGGCCAAACCCCAAAAUAGAAAACGUGUGGUUUUUGAACGGUCUUUUGCUGAGCCUCCUAAAGUUCUGGUUUGGCUUCAAGGGUUUGAUAUGGAUAAACGAAAGGACUGGAGAAUUGCAGUUCAUGCAUCCAAUAUAUCCAGUGAGGGAUUCGAUAUCCAUAUCGACACUUGGGGAGAUAGCAUUUUGUAUAGCGCCUCCGCAUCAUGGAUUGCAUACCCUGCGGACAAAGAAGGCAUAUUCAGCGGGGUGGUGGAUUCAAGUAUUCGACAAAACACCACAUCCCCCAGUCAAGUUAAAGGGGGGAGAGUGGACUUUCCGAGAGGAGUAUUCGACAGAAAACAUCGGGUGUAUGCGGCUAUAAAAUCAUUCAAUGUUAGUUGCAAACAUGAUUUGAGGCUCAAUAUCCAAACAGAGAAGAUUACGAAAGAUGGGUUCGAUUGGAAGGUUGAAGCAGGUGGAGACAGCAUGCUAAAUGGCGCAGGCAUUUCGUAUGUGGUGAUUUGA